CUUUAUCUAACUGUAAUGAAGGAUAUUUGUGUGAGUAAAGCUCAUCCACUGAUGAGAAACAGUAAACCUGCGUCUCAUUUCUCUCUCUAUAUAUAUCAUAAAUCAGUUUAUCAUGAACACGAGUUCAGUCUCUGGAGAGUAAUGAUGGAAAAACUGAACUUUUCAAUUGAAUCAAACACUUUGAUAAAUGAUUCAGUGAAUCACGACUCGCGCUCAAACAGUGAACAUGAACGAGAACAACAAACACUAACAAACUAAACAUGUUUUCAUCAGUCAUAAAUGCCUUAAUAUUAAGUUUAUUCAUUUGCAGCGUUAGUUUUUAGAGAUUUGUUUUGUCUAACAGGGUCAUUUAAGACCAUUAACUCUGUUAAUUAUUCUCUUCUUAAAGAUGGAGUUUAUUAAAGAGGAGGAGAGUGAAGAUAUAAAGAUGGUGUUUAUUAAAGAGGAGACUGAAGACAUGAAGAUAAUUAUUAAAGAUGAGACUGAAGACAUAAAGACAAUGUUUAUUAAAGAUGAGACUGACAACAUGAAGAUAAUUAUUAAAGAGGAGUCUGAAGACAUGAAGAUUGAAGAAACAUUCAGUGUGAAACAUGAAGAUACUGAGGAACAAACAGACCUGAUGGCACUGAGAGAGGCAAGUCAUGAACUUAAUGAAAGGAAAGAAGAGAAAGAACAUUAUAAUUUAAUGAGUGAAGUAAAAUCAACAGAGUUUUCCUUACAAAAAGGAGCUCAAAAGACUGAAACUAAAAGUUAUUUCACCUGCCAACAGUGUGGAAAGACUUUUGAUCAAGACAGAAACCUUCAAGUCCACUUGAGAGUUCACACUAGAGAGAGUCCCUUCACUUGCCAACAGUGUGGAAAGAGUUUCAUACAUAAAAACACCUUAUAGACCACAUGAGCAUUCACACUGGAGAGAAACCUUUCCCCUGCCAACAGUGUGGACAGAGUUUCAGAAGAAAAGGAAACCUUAAAGUCCACAUGAUGAUUCACACUAGAGAAAAGCCUCACACCUGCACUCUGUGCGGGAAUGACUUCAAACGGGAGCAAAGCCUCAGGCAACACAUGAUAACUCACACUGGACAGAGCCCAUUCACCUGCCAACAAUGUGGAAAGAGUUUCAGUGACAAAGCAAAACUUAAAAUCCACAUGAGAGUUCACACUGGAGAAAAGCCUUUCACCUGUCAACAGUGUGGACAGAGUUUCAGUCA